GAUCGUCAAAACUCCACAGUUUAAUCUGACGAAACACUGACACGAGGUUGCGAUUCUGUUUGGAUUUUGUAUGAACGCAGCUGCGAUGUUUGUUAAACUUGUGUCAGUUAACAGUUUGAAAACUUUACUCAAACUUUCUUCACGAAGUUUCAGCUCCUCCUGCGCUGCGGUGAAUUUAAAGGGUCGCAGUUUCCUCACACUGAAGGAUUUCAGCUCAGAUGAAAUCCAGAGACUGUUGUGGGUUUCAGGAGACCUCAAACACCGCAUCAAGCACCAACAGCAGUAUCUUCCUCUCCUGCAAGGAAAGUCGAUUGCAAUGAUAUUUGAGAAGAGGAGCACCCGAACAAGAAUGUCCACAGAGACAGGGUUCUCUUUGCUGGGUGGACACCCCUGUUUCCUCACCUCUCAGGACAUUCACCUGGGAGUGAAUGAGAGCUGCAGUGACACAGCCAGGGUUCUGUCAGGAUUCUGUGACAUUGUCUUGGCUCGAGUGUACAGUCACUCCACGCUGGAGGACCUGGAUGAAGCGGCUUCCAUCCCCAUCAUCAACGGCCUCUCUGACCUCUACCACCCCAUCCAGAUUCUGGCUGACUUCCUCACUUUACAGGAGCAUUAUGGGUCCCUCCGGGGAUUAACGGUGAGCUGGAUUGGAGACGGCAACAACGUCCUGCACUCGUUCAUGAUGACUGCUGCCAAACUGGGCGUUCACCUCAGGAUCGCGACACCGAAGGGGUACGAGCCGGUGCAGAGUGUCAUUCAGGAAGCACAGAAACUCUCCAAAGAGCAUGGGACCCAGCUCCUUCUGACCUCCGACCCCAUGGAGGCCGCCCACGGCAGCAAUGUUUUGGUCACCGACACCUGGGUCAGCAUGGGACAGGAGGAGGAGAAGAAGAAGAGGCUCAAAGACUUUGAAGGUUACCAGAUCACAAUGAAGACAGGAAGUGUAUGCAAACCAGACUGGACCUUCUUGCACUGCCUGCCCCGUAAAAUGGAGGAGGUGGACGACGAGGUGUUCUACUCCUCGCGCUCCCUCGUCUUCCCCGAGGCUGAGAAUAGGAAAUGGACAAUCAUGGGUCUGGUGGUUUCUCUUCUGACCGACUACACUCCACAGACCCCCAUGCUGAAGUUUUAACCUUUCAUUUAAAACUUCAUGAAAGGUUUACACGCAGCCACCAUCUUAUAAACCCCCCCAACACACACACACACACAUACACACCAAAGUCCAUAGAGAAAAUCAGGCGUUUUUAGCCCUCAGGACAUGGGAGCUGCUUGUCCACUGCUGCCUCGUUUGGUAAGUUUUUGUCACGUAAGUAAAUCCAAACAAGGGAUUUUAAACGCAGAAGUCUCAGAAUCACACAUUUGAACUGACUCAUAGUGGCCCAGGUGGAUCAACAACUCCUGUGUGCUGUGAUGUGAAAAUUGCUGAUUUUCUCUAUGGACUGUGGUGAGUGAGUGAGUUUACAAAUGGACAAACUUCAGUUUCCUGUUGGAAAUGGCUGUCUAAUGGCGAGAUAAAGCGACAAAUAUGUGGUAAAGAUUCUAGAUUUGAAGAGAAAAUGGGUUGAGUGUUGUCAACAACAACAGAAUGCUGUACCCCACACCCCUAUCCUCCCUGAUGUUUUUGUGUUUACGAUACAAACGUUUAGUGUUUACGCGUCUUGGCUUUAAAUGUGCUUUUAAGCACGGGUGCUGUAGAUAUCUUAAAAACAAAUGUAUACUAAAAUUGUAUAAUAAAACAAAUGUGUCCUCCUUCACAUGUUUUAAGUAUGAAUGUUGAAUGUAUGAGAGAUGUCACUCAUUGUAGAUCAUAUGUAUAUAUGUAUAUGUAUAUAUAUGUAUGUGUAUAUAUACAUGUAUGUAUGUAUGUAUGUAUAUAUGUGUAUAUAUAUAUGUAUAUGUAUAUGUAUAUAUAUGUAUGUCUUUAUUGUGAUAUAAUGUUUUGUUAUAAUUUUAAACAUGUAUUUUUGACCAGAUUAGAACCCCACUGAUGUAAAUUAAUUAAAUUAACCCCACACAUAAAUAAAUGAUGGUGAACUUGUGGAGUCAGGCUGCGCCACCACGCGGUCACGGUCGAUACUACCUCA